GGUCACGUGACGAGAGCCCAGGAAGAUGGUGGAAGUUUCCUCUUCCUUGAAGUGAGAGCCCGACACAAACCCAAACAUCCCGCACCGCCGGGGCUGGGAGGACGCCGCAGCCGCACAGCUUCACCUCCACGGCUUCACCUCGAGUCCGGGCCGCCGUCCCAGCCCUAUGUCAUGGCCAGUGGAGUCACCAAGUCGAGCACUUCCAAUGGCUACCCUAUGAAGGCGCAGCUGCAAAUCAUAGUGUUAUCAGCAAAACUGAAAGAAAACAAGAAGAACUGGUUCGGUCCCAGCCCGUACGUGGAGGUGACGGUCGACGGCCAGUCCAAGAAAACGGAGAAAUGCAACAACACCCACAGCCCCAAAUGGAAGCAGCCGCUCACCGUGAUCGUGACUCCGUUCAGCAAGCUGCUGUUCCGGGUGUGGAGCCACCAGACCCUGAAGUCGGACGUGCUGCUCGGCAUGGCCACGCUGGACGUCUGCGACACGCUCAAGUCCAAUGACAUGAAAAUCUCCGAGGUGGUGCAGACCCUCCAGCUGUGUGCAGACAGAGACCAGUCCGACGUGGUGGGCGACCUGUCCGUGUGCCUGGACGGCAUGACCGUCGACCCCGAGCAGUUCGCCACGGCUGAAGCCAACCACCACAGCACAUCAAACGGAGAAUCACAUGUGAACGGAGAUCACGUCAUAAGGCGCAGCCGGGACAGCUCUCCAGCCGUGGACGGCAUCGAACACAGGUCCUCGCCCAGCGGCCGCCGGUCAGCCAACAGCACGGGGUCUCCGUCGGUGUCGUCGGGGAGCUCGAGGCCUCUGAGACCGCCGCGGCCCUCCAGGCCGCCGCCCCCCACCCCCCGCAGACCCGCCUCCUCACCAGCAUCCUCCAGCAAUGGCUCCGCCCCGGCCGACAGCGCCGACACUCCGUCCGGCCCCGACACGCCGGUGCGAACGCCGGCCUCGGGCGUGGCGGCAGCGGCAGCAGCAGCAGCAGCGGCCCCGGACUCCAGUCCGUCGAGCGGCUCGAGCAGGAAUGCCACCUCGGCGACCGGACCGCCGACCAGCAGCGUCACCCCCACCCUCCCCCCGAGAGCCCCCGCAGCCAGCAGUGGCCCUCUGCCCCCCGGAUGGGAGCAGAGAGUGGAUCAGAAUGGCAGGCUGUAUUUCGUCGAUCACGUGGAGAAGAGGACGACGUGGGAACGCCCUGAGCCUCUACCAACUGGCUGGGAGCGUCGCGUGGACCAGAUGGGACGAGUGUACUUCGUGGACCACAUCACACGGACCACCACGUGGCAGCGCCCCACCAUGGAGACAGUGCGCAACUACGAGCAGUGGCAGCACCAGCGCAGCCAGCUGCAGGGCGCCAUGCAGCAGUUCAACCAGAGGUUUAUAGUCGGGCUGCAGGAGCAAGUCUCCACGGCCCAGAAGGAGCAGUUUGAUCCUCUCGGCCCUCUGCCACACGGAUGGGAGAAAAGAACCGACUCCAACGGCAGAGUUUAUUUCGUCCAUCACCCAACACGCUCAACGCAGUGGGAGGACCCACGAACACAGGGGCUGCUGAAUGAGAAGCCGCUGCCAGAAGGCUGGGAGAUGAGGUUCACUGUGGACGGGAUUCCUUAUUUCGUCGACCACAACAGAAGAACCACGACCUACAUCGACCCCCGCACGGGAAAGUCCUCACUUGAAAAUGGGCCUCAGAUCACGUAUGUUCGAGACUUCAAAGCCAAAGUACAGUACUUCAGAUUCUGGUGCCAGCAACUGUCGAUGCCGCAGCACACCAAGAUCAACGUAUCCAGAAAGACCCUGUUUGAGGACUCUUUCCAGCAGAUCAUGAGCCUGAACGCUCAGGACCUGCGGAGGAGACUGUGGAUCAUCUUCCCUGGAGAAGAAGGCCUGGAUUAUGGCGGCGUUGCCAGGGAAUGGUUCUUCCUCUUGUCCCACGAGGUUCUGAACCCCAUGUACUGCCUGUUUGAAUACGCCGGUAAAGAUAACUACUGUCUGCAGAUCAACCCGGCCUCCUUCAUCAACCCCGACCACCUCAAGUAUUUCAAGUUCAUCGGACGCUUCAUCGCCAUGGCUCUCUUUCACGGGAAGUUCAUCGACACUGGUUUCUCUCUGCCGUUCUACAAACGCAUCCUGAACAAGCCGCUGUCGCUCAAAGACCUGGAGUCCGUCGAUCCCGAGUUCUACAACUCUCUCAUCUGGAUCAAGGAUAACGACAUCGAGGAGUGCGGGUUGGAGAUGUUCUUCUGUGUGGAUAAGGAGAUCCUGGGAGAAAUCUCCACCCAGGAACUGAAGCCUGGAGGGGGAGACAUCCAAGUGACGGAGGAGAACAAGGAGGAGUACAUCAGGCUGGUGGCGGAGUGGCGCCUGUCCAGAGGGGUGGAGGAGCAGACCCAGGCUUUCUUCGAAGGCUUCAACGAGGUCCUCCCUCAGCAGUACCUGCAGUACUUCGACGCUAAAGAGCUGGAGGUGAUGCUGUGCGGCAUGCAGGACAUCGAUCUGGCCGACUGGCAGAGAAACACCAUCUACAGACACUACGCCCGCAACAGCAAGCAGAUCCUCUGGUUCUGGCAGCUCGUUAAGGAGAUGGACAAUGAGAAGAGGAUGAGGCUGCUGCAGUUCGUCACUGGAACCUGCCGCCUUCCCAUCGGAGGAUUCGCUGACCUCAUGGGAAGUAACGGUCCUCAGAAGUUCUGCAUUGAGAAAGUUGGGAAAGAAAACUGGCUUCCCAGGAGUCACACAUGCUUCAACAGACUGGACCUGCCGCCGUACAAGAGCUACGAGCAGCUGAAGGAGAAGCUGAUGCUCGCCAUCGAGGAGACGGAGGGCUUCGGACAGGAGUGACCGGCUGGCGGGGCCGCGUGCCGGAGCGUGACGGAAAAGCAACCACCAGUGUUGAAAUCUAAUCAGGGAGCCACUUCACAAUUGAUUUUUUUCCAUUUUUUUUUCUUCCUUCUUUCCUGUGUGGGCGGAGCCUAUACUCAUGCACGCGUGCAACUGUGAGGUGGGCCGGACCGCUGCCUCGCACGCCCAGCAGCCCCGCGGUACGAGAGGGGAGGGGCUUCAUGUCUUCUGAGAAUGUGCGCCGAACGAUGCAUGAAAACACACACACACACACACACACACAAACACCCUCAGUGAUAUCUGAACAUUGGGCGCUUCCCCUCCACACACACACACACACGAUCGUUUGAUGUGAUGGCAGGCAGCCGUGAGGGCUGUGAACUGGAUGUGAAGAUGGAGAGGGGACGUUCUCAUGCAGAACAUCCAGUGUCGCCGCCCGUUGGAAUAAACUCUUGACUAAAAUUGACUUUUUCCACCUUUAAAGUGACGCCGCCACGACGCCGGCGCCGCUGUCUCUCAUUAACGCUUCAAUAAUGGAUGCUUGUGCUUCAAAGAGAUCUGGGAGACUCUGGGGUAUCAUCUGUGAAUCCAUGAAUGAUGUGGAAAAGUGUUGGACCCUCCAUGAUUCGGUGCGGGUCGGGGUCAGGAUCAGGGGAACCCUAGUUUUAUAGGGCCAGGGUUGCUGUGAUGUGGAACAGGACGUUAAAUUUCGAUCGAUGGUUCCUCUCCAUGAGCUUUAAAGACAUUUUAUAACUCGAUUACAUGAUUUCACUGUUAAAAGAAAAAAAAAAAACACCAAAAACCCAUCAAGCCAAAUGAGUUUGCUUCAUUCGUACCGUGUGCAGCAUCUGAAUCACACUUCAGAGGAAAAUCGUCUUUAAAGGUUUCAGCAGUGUUCUUUCGAACAGUCCAGCGUUGAACACCACAUUGAAAUUACUGAAGCUCCUCUGUUCAUCAGUGAAUUAAAUAAAAGGGUUUUUUAUUUUUAAACGAUUAUGGGCAGAUGGACUGCUGGACUUUUUCUGAGUCUCGUCAAAACCUUCAGAGAUUUAGUCUUGAGGAAUAAAGUCAAGAUAGAAGGUUAAAUGUUUUAAGUAGAAGAACUGGACUUCUCAGCCGAAUCAAUUCAAUCUCCAUUGAAAGGAAUUCAAUUAAUUUAAAUCUUAAGGAAUAAAGUCAGAACUUGAUAAAAGAUGAAUUCAAAAGAAUCAUUUUUUCUCUAAGAAGCCUUUCUUGUCUUUCUUUUGUUGUAAAACUUUUCAGAAUUUUGUUCAUUUUUUUCAGUGUUUUUAGAGAAAGGUGAGAAGCAGCAAACAGAAGAAAGAUCAUCUGCACGACCCUGAAAAUCAAAUCGGAUUACACAAAACUUUCCGAAAGGUUUUAAGUCUUACAUUUUAGCAUUUUGUUCAAAAUUUCUAGUUUUUUUUUUUUUUUUGACAAUGUUGCCAUAAUUUCUUGGUAUCUUUACCUUUUCUUGGCUCCUUGUUCAAAAUAACUUAAAUUCAUGGCGUUUUUAACUAAACUGACACUUUAUUAAUCCUCUUUGGGAGAUUUCUUGUUAUCCUCUUUUUGGGGUGUGGAGAUUCGGCCGCCUUAUGGCACUCCAGGGAACUGAUGGAGGUCGAGGGUCACGCUCAUGGACCCACAGUGGUGAUACGUCGGCUGUGGAGAGCAAACCUGCAAACUCCUGACCUCCAGCUGGCCUCUCCGACCUCCAGGCCGCCACGGCCCUUUGGCUUUAUUUUGAGUAAUUUGACUACCAGUUUGAUGAUUGAAGAAAAUGAGGAUGAACUGUUUCAGUUUGUGUAAAAUAUCUCAAAUAAAUGGAAGUUGCAGUGUUAAAUCAAAGUGAGACAAAAAUUAAUUCUUUGUAAAUUUUUUCUUAUGACUAUGCUCAGAACAAUAUUUUGACUUAAAAAAAAAAUCAAGUCUUUUUUUGUCCCCUUCAGUGUGACAUGAACAUUUAUUUGCUGUGAUUGCAGCGCUGUAUUAAAGCGAUCUAAAUAGGAUUUUUUUCUGGGAUGAAGUGUUCAGAUUAAAACUCCAUGAAGACUUCUGGAUCAGUGGGUCUGAAGAAGCACGGCACUUUGUAUUUUUUCUUCCUGUAGUUGCAGCACAUGCAGGUGGAUGUUCUGCGUUUAGCCUUCAGGUAGCCUUACAGCCUCCCCCCAUCUCCUCAUGACGACUACUGACACCAAUCUAAAACCAUGAAUGUAUCUCCAUCAAAGGCCUCUAUACAGACACCCUUCCCCCCUUGUUGCUUCAAAAAAAUGCAAGCAAAUAUUCAAGUAUUCAACAAUUCACAGCUCAUUUUCUAUUUUUUUUUUUUCUUGUGUGUGCUUGUUUAAUUUUCCUAAAUCCUCCAUAUCCACUAAACCGCUGUCACUGGCCUGUAUAGGAAGAGAAGCUGUAAAUGUGUCAAUAACAUACUUUCUUUUGUAAAAAAAAAAAAAAAAAGGUUUUAUUAA